CGGAGGAAGUGAGGAAGGACCAAAAAGAAACGAAUCUUUUCCCUCUUGUCCAAAUGAUGGAUCCUCCGAGAAUCCCACACACGGCUCGACGACCAGAUCCGAUCAACUUGCCGGCGCCGGCGAGACGACGAACAUUCUCAUCGUCAUCAUUCUCGUCCAUGUCGUCGUGCUCCUCCACCUCCGGUGUUUUCUCCGGUGACUCUCCCCUGAAUUCUCCGGCGACUCCUCUCCGUAUCCUCGGCGUCCCUUUCUCAUGGGAACAUCUUCCCGGCAAACCCAAAGAACCUCACAGCCUCAAACUUAACGAACCCAUCAAUCUCUUACCUCUCCCUCCUCACCGGAGUUUUUGCUUUCCGCCGACCGGAAAACACCUUAAUCCCAGUUCAAGUAAUAAGAAGAACAUUCCUGACUCGCCGAUGAAAGAUCCCUUCACGGCUGCGCUUGUGGAGUGUUCUAAAGAAGAAGAAGAAGAAGAAGAAGAGGAGGAGGAUGACGACGAAGGCGAUGUGGAUCGGAAUUCUCGGAGGUUCGGACGGAAAGUUAAUGGCGGAUCCAGCAAGGCUUUGUCGAAGAGUAAUGUUGGAGACAGAUUCAGGUUAGUCAAUCUGUAUGGUUCGUGUCGGAGAACUUGUGCAGUGUCGGAGUCCAUUGUUUUUCUUCCAAGAUCCUCCGGAGCUUCUUCAGACCAUCAUCUUCUUCUUCGUCGCCGUCGCUGAAUUACCAGCUUGAUCCUGUGCUCUGGUUGCUGCAUUUUCCGGGUUCGAAGUUUUUAUUUAUUUUAAUUUUACGUAUAUUUAUUACCCAAAAAAUCAGUAUAAUUUAGGGGUUUUUUCUGUUGUCAUUUUAUGUUUUUUUAAUAAUUUAGAUCGGAUCACGGAUAAAAUCGCUGAAAUUACGUG